CCUUGUGUUGUUUUCCGAGGACGUGAGCGGGCCACAGCAGUUCAGACUUCACCUGCGUGUUGCACAGCACACAACUCAGAUGUCCCAAACUGUUAUAUUUGGCAUAUGGAGACUCAACGCGUUUCUUCUCAGAUGUUUGUCUUUGUUUUUCUCUCAUCAGUCGCCGGAGUUCUUCUUGAUUUACAACUUUUUUCCCUUUCUUUGGAGCCAUUCUGGUCGGAAAAAACAACGCGGCUAAUGGAGUUAGCUCGUCUAGCUUUUGCGACUAUCUGAACGAGAGUCGCAGACAGAUGAUGUCAUCCAAAAUAUUGUCGGUGGUGUCGCGAGAGUGGCUUCCAAGGAGCGAGCGAACAUAUUAGCAUCCAGUCUGUUUGAUAUUUGCCGCAAACGAAGCUGCACCGUUUUGAUGUAAAUAUGCAUUUUAGAGCUUAUGGUGGAUACAACUGUGUAACUGUUUUAGGUUCGUGUUCCGUCUCAGAUACAUUUUGUGACGCUUUGUGUGCGGUAUAUUAUAAAACACUUCAGGGAUUUUAACACCGCGCCCAGGGUUGAGUUUAUAUUUUAUAAUUGAGGGCUGGCUAGUAGCUAGCAUCGCUUCCCGGAGGCUUCUUAUUUUGAGUCAUUUAUAAAACAGAUAUAUUAGAUAAAAUUAGUUGUUCUCCGUUGCGAAUGUUGAUAUUUCCACUAAAAUUGUCAGAUUGUUGCUAAUGCCAUCUAUUGGCGUUGUAGUUUAGUUGAUAGUUAGCUCGGUGGCUUUAGCCGUAAUGACAGGUGAGACGAUACGCGCCGUGCGAAAAGACCACUUCAAAGCCAACAAAAAUGUCCAAGCCGUGGACUCAUUCGACGACACUGGCCACCAUUUGAAGUCCAACAAGGCUUUCCUCAAAUCCGUCAAACCGUCUACACUGCACCAGCAGCAGCUUAAUGCAAACAACCUGAACGGCAAUGCAUCCAAUGGCAAUAUUGUCAGUGAUGACAAUAAGAACCCCAUCAUUCUCACCAACGAGGACUUCCCAGUGCAUGAGUGUGUGUUCAAAGGAGACGUGAGGCGGCUGUCCUCUCUCAUCAGGACUCAUAGCAUCUCUCAAAAAGAUGUGCAUGGUAAUACACCUUUGCACCUCGCUGUGAUGCUUGGCCACAAAGAAUGUGCUCUUCUUCUUCUGGCCCACAAUGCACCUGUCAAGAUAAAGAACAUACAGGGAUGGAGCCCUCUAGCAGAAGCUAUCAGCUACGGUGACAGGCAAAUGAUCACAGCAAUCCUGCGCAAACUGAAGCAACAAUCCAGGGAGAGCGUGGAGGAUAAAAGGCCCAAAUUACUGAAAGCCCUCAGGGAGCUGGGUGACUUUUAUCUGGAGCUGCAUUGGGAUUUUCAAAGCUGGGUGCCUUUGUUGUCCCGGAUGCUGCCCUCUGACACUUGUAAGAUCUACAAGCAGGGCAUCAACAUUAGGCUGGACACCACCCUCAUUGACUUUAUCGACAUGAAGUGUCAGCGCGGAGACCUCAGCUUCAUCUUCAACGGCGAAGCCCCACCCUCACAGUCCUUCGUGGUGCUGGACAACGAAGCCAAAGUGUACCAAAGAAUACAUCGCGAUGAGUCUGAGAUGGAGACAGAAGAAGAAGUGGACAUCCUCAUGAGCAGCGACAUCUACUCAGCCACUUUGUCCACAAAGUCCAUCAGCUUCUCGCGCAGCCAGAUCGGGUGGCUCUUCAGAGAGGACAAAACGGAGAGGGUGGGUAACUUCCUGGCUGACUUCUACGCCGUCAAUGGCCUGGUGCUGGAGUCCAGGAAGCGUCGCGAGCACCUGAGUGAGGAGGACAUCCUGAGGAACAAAGCCAUCAUGGAGAGCUUGAGCAAAGGGGGCAGCAUCAGCGAGCACAACUUUGAGUCCGUGAGGAGGCAAUCUCUCUCAGCCCCGCCCUCUAACACCAUUUCCUGGGAGGAGUACAUCACUGCAGAGCAUGGAAAGCCGCCUCACCUGGGGAGGGAGCUGAUGUGCAAGGAGAGCAAGAAACACUUCAAGGCCACCGUAGCCAUGAGCCAGGACUUUCCUCUGGGCAUUGAAUCGUUACUUAACGUGUUAGAGGUGGUGGCGCCCUUUAAGCACUUCAACAAACUGCGAGAGUUCGUCCAGAUGAAACUUCCUCCUGGUUUCCCCGUCAAACUGGACAUCCCAGUCUUCCCAACCAUCACGGCCACCGUCACCUUCCAGGAGUUUCACUACGACCAAUUUGAGGGGUCACUCUUCAUCAUCCCGCCCGAGUACAAGGAAGACCCCAGCCGCUUCCCUGACCUCUGACCUGGAAACAAGAAGUGUUUGGCUGCUCCAUGCAUCUCCGUUUCAUACAGAUGUGUAAUAUUAAGUGGAAAAGUGAGGUCAGUCAUUGAGCUGAUGCAAAGGAUAAAGAAAUGUCCUGCUGCUAUUCUCUCAUGAAAGGACUUUAAUAGAAAUAUUCUCCUCGUGUUCUUGAAAGCGUCUGACACUGGCCUCUGUAAAUAGUUUGUCUCCUCCAACAACAAAAACACUACUAUUAUAUCCUCAAAUAUGCAUUUAUACAUGAUGUAUCUAACUACUCAUGGCCGUACUGUGUAGCAAUACAUUUAAGAAUGUUUUUAAAUGAGCCCAUUUUAACUUAGUCAUCACCUUCAAGACUUUUUGUUGUGCAAGAUGAGCAUUCAGGUUUGCUCAUGUUUACCUCUUAGCUGUCUCCAUGUUUCUUUGUAUUGUCAUGUGUGUGCGUGUGAGAAACCCAGCCAGGUGGUCAGGUAAGUUGUUUCACACUACACUGAUCAAAGUAUGUGAGGGUUUGUGUCAUUCAUGCACCCUGCAGCUUCUAGCAUAUCUGCAAACAUGGUACCCAAUUAAAAGAAAUGUGUCACACCUGAAAGCACCUUUUAGUGGAUACUGUUUUAUUUAUUUUUUUUACUAUGCUGUGAAUUUGACAUUGCUGGAAAUCUUCGGAUUGUUGUUUUUUUUGAAGCACUCUUAUUUAUCCCUUUAAAUAAAGCACCAGCAUCACAUUGCA